AACUUCACUGUUCCGUACUUCCUUUGCUCGUCACACAGCGAGGAGCGAGCCACUGCUGCUAACUCCAGCAAGCCAGCAACAACUACCUUCUGCUUGCCGAUCAAGCCUCCGACUUCAGCUGCUGUUUUCUCCGUUCCGUAAACGGCAACUAUGGCGGCUCUCGCUUCGUCCCUGGCUGUGUCCUCGCGCGUGACGAUGCCGUCCGCGGCGGUGAUGGCGAGCAGCGGCAGGCUGAGCGCCGCGAGCUCGUUCGCUCCCAGCUUGAAGGCCAGCUUCGGGUGCGCCGCGCCCAGCAGCCGCGUGGUGAUGGCGGCGGCGGCGGCCGGCAAGGACAAGCCCAGGGAAGGCUCCAAGGAGCCCGCGCAGGAGACGCUGCUCACGCCGCGCUUCUACACCACCGACUUCGACGAGAUGGAAGCGCUGUUCAACCGCGAGAUCAACCCGUACGUGAACCAGGUGGAGUUCGACGCGUGUCUGGAGGAGUUCCGCGCGGACUACAACCAGACGCACUUCGUGCGCUCGCCCGAGUUCAAGGAGGCGGCCGACAAGAUCCAGGGCCGCGCGCGGGAGAUCUUCGUCGAGUUCCUCGAGCGCUCCUGCACCGCCGAGUUCUCGGGCUUCCUGCUCUACAAGGAGCUCGGUCGCCGCCUCAAGAAAACGAACCCGUGCAUUGCGGAGAUCUUCACGCUAAUGUCGCGCGACGAGGCGCGGCACGCGGGGUUUCUGAACAAGGCGCUGUCGGACUUCAACCUGUCGCUGGACCUGGGAUUCCUGACCAAGGCGCGCAAGUACACCUUCUUCAAGCCGCAGUACAUCCUCUACGCCACCUUCCUCUCGGAGAAGAUCGGCUACUGGCGCUACAUCACCAUCUGCCGCCACCUCAACGCCAACCCCGAGUUCGCGUGCUACCCGAUCUUCGGCAAGUUCGAGAACUGGUGCCAGGACGAGAACCGGCACGGCGACUUCAUCACUGCCAUGCUCAAGUGCUACCCCAAGUUCCUCACCAGCUGGGACUCCAAGCUCUGGGCGCGCUUCUUCUGCCUCUCUGUCUACGUCACCAUGUACCUCAACGACCACCAGCGCGCGGCGUUCUACAACAACCUGGGGCUGGACGUGAAGCAGUUCGACCUGCACGUGAUCAAGGAGACCAACAAGACUUCGGCGCGCAUCUUCCCCGCCGUGCUCGAUACAGAGAACCCCGAGUUCGAGCGCAAGCUGGACCACCUGGUGCAGCUGCACCAGAGCAUCAUCGACGCCGACGCGUCCACGGCGCCGGAUCUCGUGAAGCGGCUGCAGAAGCUGCCGCUGCAGGCGGCGUUUGUGGGUGAGCUGCUCGCCAUGUACCUCAUGACGCCCGUCGACUCGGGCUCCGUCGAGUUCGCCGACAACGAGCCUAGGAUCGUCUACUAAAUGAGGGGUGUUGCACCGUAGAUUAUCCUAGGGUCGUUCUGUGGUACAGCCAGCCGCUGCCUUUUUUGUAAAAUUUUCUACUAUCAAUAAAAUUGUAUU